AUGGAGCUUUGUCGCAUCUUCUUCUUCGCUGUCGUUGUGUCUACAUAUGGAAAAAUGACUCACGCUAGCAGCGGUUUGACAUCAUCAAUAUCACAUGGCGCAUCAGAAUCUGGCGUACUCACUCCUACCAGUGUCAACGGAAGCUAUCUUUACCGUACAAGUAGAGCAACCAGUCAGAAUUUGGCUUCAACGACGUCUUUAGUCUUGAAGAACACCCACUCCACACACAAUAGCAUUCAAUUGUCGUCGAGUCAGAUUGUCGCCAGUGUCGGCUCCCAUACAGUCAAAGGUUCUUUCUCAAAUGGAACGAAUACGCGCGUUCCUCAUUUGAACUCGACCUACUCAUCGACUAAUUUCACCCAUGUUCAAUCGAAACCAGCCUUGACGAAUAGCGAGGAUGAAUCUAACACCAGAUCGGUCUUUACACACUUUAUGGUCGGCAACGUUCCCUCCUGGGACAUCUCGGCUUGGGAAGCUGAUAUUAAGCUUGCUAUGGAAGCUCAUAUUGAUGCAUUCGCCUUGAAUGUAGCGUUCGGUGAUGAAGGGAAUCAAAACUCCGUCGCAAAUGCAUUUUCCGCCGCUGAGUUACAGGGUUUCAAGUGGUUCUUCUCUUUUGACUACGCCGGUGGCAUUAGCGCGUGGCCUCUUGGCACUGUUGUUGACUACAUAAGACAAUAUUCCUCUACUAGUGCUUACUUUCAAUACCUCGGUUGCUUUUUUAUGCCGGAUUGGUCUUCCCUGGGGGCCAAAGCCGCUCUUGAAUUGGGUCAGGCUGAUGGUUUAUUUUCUUGGGCUGCAUGGCCAUACGGACCAUUCGACAUGGACGCUGAUGUUGAUGCAUCUUACCUACAAUUUCUCAAUGAGACUGGUACACCUUUACCAUAUAUGAUGCCUGUGUCUCCAUGGUCCUUCAAAAAUCUACCCGGGUACGACAAGAACUGGAUAUGGCGUGGUGACGACCUCUGGUUCGAUAGAUGGGAAGAAGUUUGGUACAUUCGACCAGAUUUGGUAGAAAUUAUUACCUGGAAUGACUUUGGUGAAUCUCAUUACAUCGGGCCUUUGCAUUCAGAGGCGGAACACAAGUGCAAAUACACACACUCAGUUCUAGUACGAGUUCGAGCCCUCGGAGGUUGCCGAAGACCGUAUUUUCUACUCGGCUCUCCUUGCUAG